AUGUCAGGGCUUCUCUUCCCUCCUACCUUCCUUGUUCCUCCAUUCCUGCCGGCUGCAGCGAUGGCCGCGGCACAGUCGUGGGCGCGCCACUUCGGCGCUUGCAUCGGCUGCGGCCACGGCGCGGGGGCCGUCGACGGGUGUGAGGCGGAGGAGGCGCUGUGCGCUGCUGGCGGCGGCGGCUACACGACUGCGUUUCCCGCGGCGGGCGCCGCCGCCGCCGCCCGCGCAGGUGCCUCCCGCGGCCUCGUCGCCGCGGGCGUGGGUGCGUCGGCCUCGCCUUCCGCGCCGGCUCGGGAGGCCGCCGCGCCCGAGGCCCGGCGUGGGCGCUCCAAGGACGGCUCGGAUCUGGAGGGCAGCGUGGUCAGCGUGAGCACAAACGCUGGCGCCGACGUCGAGGAAGCGUCCGUGGGAUCCCGCAGCUGCUCUUCGUCCUCGCGAGCGCCCACGAGGGCGAGCUGGUGGCAGCUGGCCGACGUUGGGAGCAUCCCUGGCUUCGAGGGUGUCGAGGAGGUCUCCCGCCUGCUUGAGGCGAGAGUGGAGCGGGGGCGACGAGGUCUUGUUCAGCACGGCCAGUGCGAGGAGGUGUACAGGGCCAUCGCGGGGGCGCCCAAGAGGGGGUCGAGGACCAGAGCAGGCGCAGCGGACAGCGAGGACUGCACAGGGCCUACGUGGUCUGCUGGUUGCACUUCGGCGACGUCUCGCUGGUGUUCGCGUCCGAGGCCACGGACCUCGCCCGGCUGGAGGCCUCCAUCGCUGAGGACGCGCUGA